GCAUCAACAUCUUCGUGAGCCCUCGAGUUUUCGCCGGAUGGUGUCAUAACGAUGGCAGAUAAUCCGAAGAAGCGAAAGCAAACUUCUGAUGGCCCCUCAACAGCGAAGAGGCCUCGGUUCCCUCAGAGGCCGGAGCACCACAUCAAAUCCACCUCCACAACCAGCGCGUAUCCCAAUGGCGAGCUCAACGUUUCCCGCUUUAUGCGCGCACAUGAGAACGAGAUCAAGGCUUUGGAGAGGGCUAUGGUCAAUGCUAAGAAGGGAUCGAUGCGACGUGCCUUCCAAGACGUGCCCCGAGAAUUGAGAAGGAGGACCGGCAGUCAUAAUCCCCAGCGUGUACCGAAGAGGCUCAGGGCUCGAGCAUUCCAGGAGGCCAAGGAUGACAACACGCCCAUAAGUAAAAACAAGAGCGGCAGCGGUACUGGAAAAGGAAAGCAAAAAUGGCUGAGGAAGGCGGGCAGAGAAAAGAGCCAGCAGAGGGGACGGAAAAAGAAGGGCAAAGACCCAAAUGCAAUCACAGUCACUGUACAGGAGAAGCCUAUGCCGGAGCUGGCCCCAAAGUCCGAGUCUAACAGGAAGGUUCCAGGACUGGAAAUGGCAAAACCCAAACGGAAGAAGCAGCCAAAACUCGCCGUCCCAGGUAUACCGCCUUCUCGAUUCCGUAGGCGACAGGUGAAUAAGACGUGGUUACCCACACAUAUAUGGCACACCAAACGAGCCACCAUGACAGCGCCGAAGGAGCCAUUGUGGCGGUUUGCAAUUCCGAUUACACCCAUUCUGAAGUCAUACCGGUUGACCCAUCGAGCCGUCUCGUUAAGAGGAGCCGUCGCUUGGGAUAUGAGCUACAUUUCCACUAUUGGUCUAGAAGGGGUAGAAGCUAGCCUUAUUGGUCUCCUGAAAUCAAUGCACUUUGCUGAAGAGGAUGGAGUCCGACCUUGGCAAGAAACCGGACUAGGGAAGAAGUGGAGAAAUGGCACGAGAGCAUGGGAAGGUUGGAUACAUGAAAGACAAGGGUCUCCGCCUAAGAAGAUGUCACGAGUCACUGUCAUCUGGAAUACCCAGGAGCAGCCGGAGCCGAAGAAGAGGAACAUAUUUGUUCGCGUCCAUCCAAGCGCUUUCCUGCAACUCUGGGACCAUGUUACGAAAGCAGCCAAAGUGCAGAAGCCAGCUGUUACAGUAGAGGAUUUAAGGUUCGAGAUUGGGUCUAUCGAAAUCAUGGGACCUGCCGCAGCCGAGACUGCCUGUUCCAUUCUCCACCCCGCUCCUACAGGAGCUCGUUCCUCUGGGCCAGCCGAGUGUGUCUGGCAGAGUUUGGCUUCUGUUACUGACGUCGGUGUACUGCCUCGGAACCCCGUCAUAGCGUUUUCUUGUACUGAUCCUCGCCUGCGGGAUCCUCCCCGGACGGCCACAGCCGCCUCAAGCUCGCAGUCAGACCUGCUGACAGAGACGCUCGCAUACUGGCCGAUAGACCAUGUACAAGCUCCGUCGGAGUUAUUCACUCGCAAUGCCAGACUCGCGGCCGGGCGUUGUUUGCCCUCUCAACAGUCCGUCAAUCGCCGGAAAAGCGCAGCGGCGCCCGGCCAGUAUCCGGAGGCGCGAUCCUCGGACCCUCGCAUUCCUAUGCUGACUUAUAUCUCCAGCGAAACUAAAACCUGGACUAUUCUACUGCCCUGGAAAUGUGUGGCUCCUGUAUGGAGGGGUAUUAUGCGGUACCCGGUUUCGACAGGCGGAACCCCGAGAUUUGGCGGCUUGAACGAGAUACAUCAGGUUAACUUCGAGCGCUCGAAGCCUUGCUUUCCAUUUGAUUUCCCAGGAACAGAUGCGGGGUGGGCUUGGGAGUUGCAGGAGCGCGUCAAGCGGAGGCAAGACUGGACAAAGAGGCCGAAGGGCAAGAGAAUUGAAUGGAAGACUUUGGAUUUGGGAAGCGGGAGCAAGGGCGAACUGGGAGACCCUUGGGCUUGCGCGUGGGAACUAUUAUUGCCCAAGAAAUCAGAAGAAGGACCCGAGCCUACAAAGAAAUUGGAAACAACAGCCUCCUCAUUCCGACAAGCGCUCAGCCUGGACGUCCUUAAGCUGCUCUCGGGUCGUCACUCGUCGGAAGAACACCUUUCGCUGCCUUAUCUCUUUCCCGUCAAGAUCAGUAUGGUGCAAGGAGGUUCGCCCAUAUCUUGCGCACGCAUCUACCGUCUCCCAACGAAUGACCCUGAACUUCGUGAGCAAUGGCUUGCACUGCUGCCUGAAGGAAAACGUUCUGCGCGAGAGAAACGCAUCCUCGAGCGACGCCAACUGCUCAACAGGCAGCUUGCGAAUAAUCCCAAGCAUCAGCAGAUGAGGGAUCUUGCUUCAAGACUGUUGCAACCCGAAAAGCAAAACCACAAGCACUGCAAGCCUGGCGAUAACAAUUAUCCUUGCGCCCCUGGUGACGAGGAUCUCAUGGGUUUCGUCACAACCGGUAACUACAAUCUAUCAGAAGGCACUCCCACAGCAAUCGCAAACAUUGCGCUACAUAAAGCCCUGGAAAUAAAUGGAACUGGUGCAAGUCGUGAAGGGAAGCAAUUAUGUAUUGUUCGGGAGGCUGGUCAGACACUGGAACGGCUGCCCUGCACUAUGUCUGAGGACAGGGCCGCCGACCAGCAGGUGAAGGACGGUGGAGAUGCCGAGGCUGCCUCAUCAGAUGUGCUGGCGACAUUGACGGCAGAUAUCCUCGGAGAGUGUCUUGAAAAUGUCAUCUUCAACGCGGUUGUUGCGUGUCAUCGCUCCGAGAAACAGCUUCGGAUGCAGUCGGCUGCUACCCAGGCCGAAUCGCUCGCCCUCUCCAACCUCGAUCCGCAGCCGCUCAAAGGCUCGAACGCUCCUCCCGCUGUGCCCUUCGCCGAAACGCCCGCCGCGAAGUAUGAUAACGGUCGGGUCUACCUGAAAGGCAACCCUCUGCAGACGACACCGGAGAUCGUGUGCGCUCACUGCAAGCUGCCCAGGCUCAUGCACCCCAUCAUGGGUAAAGGCAGCCAGACCCCCGACCUCACCAAGGAGUACUGCAAGCUGUACCCUUUCGUCGAGGAGAAGGGACACGAUGCCUACGGAAAUCCAUUCCCGGAUAUGGCCAAGAGCAAGAAAGAGCGAGAGCUGAUCAAGAAGAGCGAGAAGGAUGGCGUUACAACACCAGGAUCUCAGGACACAGAGAUUCCUGGUGAAGAGACACAGAAUAAAGAGUACAAACUCGAUACGGGAGGGAAGCCGGCGUCCUACAUACCAUGGCACACGUGCCCGAACUGCAAACGGAGCUUGCUCAUCACGCGAUUCGCUCAGCACUUAGAGAAGUGCCUCGGGAUAAGUGGUAGACAGAGCUCCAGACAAGCGAUGGCAAAGUUGUCUGGCCAAAACGGGAGCGGCUCUGGAAUGGGGAACACCCCGCUUGGUAGUCGCAUGGGAACUCCCGCACCGGGCUCCCAAGGCGAUCAAGGCGGGAGCUUCAGGGCCAAGGGAAAAGGCGGCAGCCCGGUCAAGAAGCUCGGAGACGAAGAAGAUGACGUUGACAACGAGACCCCCGAGAAAAAAAAGAAAAAGAAGAGUUCGUAUAUCAAAAAAGCGGACCGAGAAAAGAUGGCGAAGGAAGGGGGUGUGCUUAAGGUAAAGCUCAAGACUAACAGUCUGAGCAAGGAGUCCUCGAAGGAACAUGAAGGAAGGAAAAUGAGUGAGUCCCAAAGCGAGAAGCGUGAGCGAGAGGACGACGGCGAUGGCGCACCCAAGGCCAAAAAGCUCAAACUGUCGUUAGGCAGGAGCGAAAGCACAACUUCGCUCAGCGCAGAGACACGAGAGUCCUCGAAAUGAGUUGGACUGGGCUUCUCUGCUUGUGGGAUUUUUUUUGGUUCAGCAGGUUUCGACCUGUGCUUUGUCGACAACCAAUCAUUUGCAUAAGAUACUCAGCAUCAACUGGCGUUUGGAUCCUGGGGAACCCAAAGGGAUGUUUUCGGUAAUGGGGGUUGACCAACAUUGAACGGACAUGGACAUCGAGGCGUUUUGGUUUAAGGCAGGUCCCUCGUCGAGAAGGCGACACACGACACUUGUAUUCUCCUGGUUUUGUGUCCGAUAUUUUCCUGCUGCCGCAUUAUAGGGCAUAUUCUUGUACCAACACACUGGUUAUUCUGAAGCUUGAGCGGUUUUCCUGGAAGCUCGGCUCGAAUGCAUAU